UGUACGUCAUUGCGUCAUCACGCAGCUUGAAAUUUGCGCGCGCAGUGUAGAGGCAGGAGCAGUAGGAGUAUAUUAGAUACUUUAAUCCACAAUGUCUAAGAGAAAGGAGUUCCUGGAGUCUGUUCAUCCGGACCGAGUGCAGGACUUUCUCCACUUCAUUAAACUACAUAAAGAUGGGUCAGAGCCGCUGGACCUGUCGGAGGUGAUUCAGGAGCUUCAGGUGAAGCAGAGGUUGGAGCUGUGGUCUAAAAUGUCCUUGUUACUGACCCAUACGCUGGACUCGUACCCCUCAGAGCGCUGGAUCAGCCGUCUGGAGCAGGACACAGACGACAUGGAGGUGGAGCAGUCUGCUGAACUGAAACACACCAUGUCAGUGCUGGAGGCUGUUACCUUGGUGUGUACGGUGUGUGUGGACUUGAUCCAGAGUGGAGACCAGUACACCGCCCUGCUGGACUGUGCUUACACUCUCAACAGUGUAGAGAGUUGCCUGCCCCUGUCGGAGGUGCCGCUCCAGAAGGCCAUCCAUUGGCUGUUUGAGUGCUGGUGGAGGCGGGGCUUACAGGGGAAGGAGGAGCUUGGCUGGACUGCCUUCGUCGCUUGUUUGGAGAACGCAGUUACACUCAAGAAAACGCUGAGUGAGCUGAACCGUCUCUACUCUCUGCGUGACGUGCUGCUCAGUGUAGAGUUUGACUCGGAGAGGGGUCAAUACAUCACCAACCCCCUGCUGCAGUGCUUCCUCAGCACCAACCACAUCAAACGAGAGGAGGGGAAGCGUUUUUUGGCGUUCCUCUUCAGCUGGGACGUGGGCUUCAUCAAGAUGAUCCACGAGACCAUCAAGAACCAGCUGCAGUUUCUGUCUAAAGCCGUGGCUGAAGAUGUGGCUGAGAUCUAUUUCCGGGCAUGGAAGAAGGCGAGCAGUCCGUUCCUGGAGGAAAUUGAGUCGUCAUGUAUCCAGGACCUGAUGCAGCAUGCGAUACUGCUGCACCGAACCUCACCUGUACACGGCAAAGUGCGCCAGAUUCUGACGUAUUUGCACAAGCAGAAGUUCAGGCAGGGAGUGGACGAGAUGCUGCAUCGACUCUACAUGCCCAUCCUGUGGAAAGCUCUGAGGGCGGUGAACGCGGAGGUGCGAGCGAACGCCACCUUGCUCUUCACCGAGGCAUUCCCCAUCCAUGACCCCAACAUGGGCAGUGAGCGAGUGGACGAGCUGGUGCAGAAACAACUGGACACACUCUUUGCUCUGCUGGAGGACAUGAGUCCAUCAGUGCGCUGUGCAGCGGUGUUAGGAGCAUGUUCAGUGGUGUCUCGGUGUUGGGAUCUUCUGCCCUCCUCCGUCAUCACUGACCUGCUGAAGAAGCUGCUGGAGCUCGCCUCAGACAGCAGCAGCCCCGACUGUCGCUGUGCUGUCUUCAUGUGCAUGUCGAUGAUUCUGGACAAUCGUAUGAGCCACCCUCUGAUGGAGAAGCUGCUCCCGGCACUGAAGCUGAGUCUCCAUGACACCUCAGAGAAAGUGCGGGUGGCCUUUGUCGACCUGCUGCUCAAGAUCAAAGCUGUCCGUGCUGCCAAGUUCUGGAAGGUGUGUUCGAUGGAGCACCUGUUGGUGCGGUUGGAGCUGGACUCGGUGUGUGUGUCGAAGCGCAUUGUGAACCUGCUCUUCACCUCCUUCCUCCCCCUGACUCAGCCUGAGGCUGUGUGGUGUGAGCGCUGUGUGUCCAUCAUCCAGAUGAACCCCGGAGCCGCGCGCAAGUUCUACCGCUACGCCUACAUGUACACCGCGCCCACCAACAUAGUGAAACUGAUGCUGAUGAUCCGUAAGUGUUUGAACGCGUGCAUUCAGAGGACGGCGGAGAACCCAGACGAGUCCGUCUGCAGCAACAAGGAGAACAACUCGGUGCUGGAGGACGUUUUGACGGUGAAGGACACCUCGGUCAUGGCAAGUCUGCUGGAGCUGCUGGUCAUCCUGUGGAAGAGCAUCCAGAAAUCCCUGCAGCUCAACCAGGAGGCUCUGCACUACACCACCGCCAAGUUCGCCUCCGUCCUGCCCGAGUACCUCCGCGUCUUUCAGGAUGAGCGAUCUACAGCUGCACUCAUCCGCUUGGCAUCUUUACUCCCCGUGUCUGCUGUUCCAGCGUUCAGGAGUAAAGUAUCGGCUCAGCUCAAGAGGCUGGACAGCGGCUCGCCCGUGUCGGUGUAUGGUCAGCUGAUUGAGUGUGUGUGUGGGUGGGGUCAUCUGAGCAACGUGCUGGACCUGGCAGUGCACUGGCUCACCGAGGCCACGCCCAUAAAGAUGGUGGAUGAGAGUAUGCAGGACUCCAGGCGUGUACAGUUUGAUGAGCCGGAGGUGGAGGUGAAGCCGGAGUUGGGGUUGGAUUAUUUGGAGUACAUGCUGUUGAGGCCUCACACUCGGGACAGUGUUUUGAGUCUGAGUGUGGAUCAGCUCACACCCCUCAUCACAGCCCUUGCUGCCUGGAAGGAGGUGCUGUACUCCUCUCUAAGUGAGGGUGAGGUCAGUGAAGCAGUUACAGAGACAGCACUCCGAGCUUUUGGCUUACACACUCGCCUCACCGUCCAUCUCCAACACAAACACCAGGAGGGGCGGAGCUUUCUGAACGCUCUGGAGGAGUCCAUGGACUGGGUGGAGAAGAGGGUCCUCCCGUUCCUGGUUGCCCCUGGCGACAGUGUGUCUGAGCAGCAGCUGAGUCUGAGCAGGAGGAUAGUGGAGAUCUGUCUGUAUGUGUGUAAGGACACAGUGCAGGUUUCUUUGGGGGACAGUGAUUUUAAUGACCACGUGCUUCAGCUCUCCUCCUACGUCUUGUUGUCUGAGAAAGGCUACAUGUGUGUCCCUGUCCUGCUGUCCCUGCUGAGCGAGGUGGCUCAGGACUGCGUCUCCCAUGAUGCCGAGGGGCAGGAAGAGCAGCUGUCUGUCUCCCUGCGUAUCAUCGCAAACAUUUUCCAGAAAGUUCUAGAGGUCAUGGCACACCGUUUACGCAAAGACAAAGAGGAGGGUCAGGAGCUGUGCUGCUCCUCCUUGGAUGCCCUGCACAACUUCCUACUGGUGACUCAGUUGGUGUCGGAGAAGUCCGAGGUCAUGACGGGGAUUUUCUCAUCUCUGUGCGCCGCCAUUAUCAUCGACAUCAGCAGAACUUUGCAGAAGAUUUCCGAUCCUGAAAACUUGGCGACUCCAGAGACCGUAACGGAUCUGCCUCCUCUCUCCAGCAGCAUCAUGUCCGCCAUCCUCAAAUCACCUGCAGUGACCAGGUGCUUCCUGACUGAGAUGAGCUCCACCGUCGACUCUGAGGCCAUCGACAGCAUCGGCGGACUCACAGCCAUCACACACAUUCUGGCCAUCGUGAGAAAAAUGGAAAAGUUCAGCGCUCAUCUGAAGGGAAUCAGUGUGUCAGUGCACAGACAGAUCCUGCAGCACUACGGCGUCACGGCAGAUGAUUCGGCUCACCGGUUUAUCUAUGAGAACGCAGUGGGGACGCUGAACGAGCUCCUGAUGCCCUGAAUCAUCUCUUUUUGUAUAGAUUCAGCAAAGGAUCAUGCUUUUCACUUGCUGCUUCCACUUUUAUAUAAAUGUUGUUCUUUCCUUUUUUUUUUAAAUCAGUCCUUUAAAUCUUCUUUCCACUGUGUCUUCAUUAUGCAGCACUUAUAUGUCAAAAGAGACGUGUGACUCUGAUCAUCAUAACCCCAAUAAAUAUCUGCUUCUUGACAGCUGAAAUUGUCAAAUAAAAAAUUAAAUAUCUAAGUGUGAAAUCUAAGUGUGAAAUAAUGACUCCUGCACCCUACCUAGGGCACUAGUUGUUCAAUAACUAUCUAAGUGUGAAAUAAUGGCUCCUACACCCUUCCUAGGGCACUAGGUGUCCAAUACAGAGCCAUUGUGGCUUUCACUCCAUAUCUAAGUGUGAAAUAAUGGCUCCUACACCCUACCUAGGGCACUAGCUGUCCAAUACCAAACCAGUGUGGCUUCCAGUUCCUAGAAAAGUGUGAAAUAAUGGCUCCUACCAUAAAUAUAUUUCAUUACAGUUCACUUAUGAACUAUAUAAAUAGAAAUAAGUUGAGUUUUUAAGGCUAGAGUCCAAAACAACAACAAUGCUACACAGGUUUUUACCCUCCACAGAAAAGACUGGUAAAUAUCUUCUUAUGAAUAUGUAAAUGAGGAACCACCCACCUGCAUCAUCCAUCUCUACACCCUAUGUAGGGGGCUAGAUACCUAUAAAAGUGCAAAAUAAUUUUUCCUACACCCUAUGUAGUGUGCUGGAUUCCUAAAUAAAUGCAGAUAAAUACCUUCUUAUGAAUAUGCAUGAAUAUGCAAAUGAGGAACCACCCACCUGCAUCAUCCAUCUCUCUCCCUCUCCUUAUCUCUUUAUCUUUUUUUCUUUCUUGAUGUUAACAUACUGUGUGUGUGUGUGUGUGUGUGUUCCUGAACCUUGAAGUCUUCUUUGGAUUAUAACAACUA